UCUGUGUUUAGAUCUAUUACUUUAAAAACCAUUUACAAUAACAUUUUCCACUUUAAUUAAAUUUAUGCACAUAAUUUAAAUUAUCAAAAGAGCCUUGUAAAAUUUUUCAAUGUUUUGUGAUUUUUGUCAAUAUGUUUUAGCGAUUUGGGUCACAUUUUCUAUGACUUAAUGAUUCCUAAAUAUAUAUAUGUGGGUAGAAGUAAGGUAAGCUGUCUCAUACAAGGAGCAAAUUAAAAUUCAACAACGCAUCGUCUUGUGGGGAAGUGAAUGUAGCAGUUGUUAAGUGAAUUGUGUUGAGUUUAAUAAUUUAAUAAUACAUUUUGACGAUAUCUAUAGGUACUAAUAUUAUAAAGCUGAAGAGUUUGUUUGUUUGAACGCGCUAAUCUCAGGAACUACUGGUCCGAUUUGAAAAAUUCUUUCAGUGUUAGAUAGCCCAUUUAUGGAGGAAGGCUAUAGACUAUAUAACAUCAAUCUAAGACCAAUACAAGUCGAGCACCAAUGAAGAAUGUUUCAAAAUCGAGAUUACUCCUGUUGUUCGUAUUGUUCGGAGCGCUGACAGCCCUGAUGCCGGAAGAAAAUUUCAGUGCUGCCAAUAUUAAUAAUUCUAACGUACCGGAUACGGAUGCAACGCAAAGGAAUUGCACGACAGGCAAUGGAACACCGGGGUCGUGCGUCCUCCGACGUUAUUGCGACUACGGGACUGUCUUCAUAGAUUUUACACUGUACGCUCCGCGAAAAUAUGUCAGACAAUGCGGCGACAAAGAAGCUUGCUGCCCCUUCACCGCUCAGCUUCCGGUGCUCCAAGCAAACACUUCAGAAGAUGACGCUUCGUUUGAAUUUGACGAAAACGAUUAAAAUUGAUCUUUUGCUGUUUGAUAAGCUGUGAUAUUAAAUUUUGUAAUUUAA